AUGCCCCGCGCGUUUCUGGUGAAGAAGCCGUGCGUGUCCACGUGCAAGCGGAACUGGAGCGAGCUCCCCGACGAGGAGCGCGGCGAGAUCUACGUGCCCGUCAGCCUGGGCUUCUACCCACCACAGCCCCGCCCGGAGCCAGAGCCGUCAGUGGCUGAACCCCCUUCUUGCCCGCUGGCUUUGGACAUGAGCCUUCGAAACUCCGGCUAUAGCAUGACCUCUGGACCCUGCGUGGUGGCCCAGCUGCCCUCUGAAGACAUGAGCCGCCUGGCAGACCCCCAGAGCAGAGACCACGGCUUCCUGCGCACCAAGAUGAAGGUGACACUGGGCGACAGCCCCAGUGGAGACCUCUUCACCUGCCACAUCUGCCAGAAGGCCUUCACCUACCAGCGCAUGCUGAACCGCCACAUGAAGUGUCACAACGACGUCAAGAGGCACCUCUGCACCUACUGCGGGAAGGGUUUCAACGACACCUUCGACCUGAAGAGACACGUCCGCACCCACACUGGCGUGAGGCCCUACAAAUGCAGCCUGUGUGACAAGGCCUUCACGCAGCGCUGCUCCCUGGAGUCUCACCUCAAGAAGAUCCACGGCGUGCAGCAGAAGUACGCGUACAAGGAGCGGCGGGCCAAGCUGUACGUGUGCGAGGAGUGCGGCUGCACGUCCGAGAGCCAGGAGGGCCACAUCCUGCACCUGAAGGAGCACCACCCCGACAGCCCGCUGCUGCGCAAGACCUCCAAGAAGGUGGCCGUGGCCCUGCAGAACACCGUCAACUCCCUGCUGCAGAGCAACCACCACCUCUGA